AUGGCCAAAGCUGCGAGAUUCACUCUAAAUUUAGAAACAUCCACCAAAAUUGUUAAUGCUCUCAAGCCCAGGGUCAACAUUGCACCUCGGUCCCUCCCUCAGUCAGUAUUCCUUUGCCUAGGGGCCACGGCAACCAAAGAUUGCUUUGCAUCCUCGACCGGUAUAUGGCUGACCUCGCCCGGGACAGGAGCCGUAACAGGCAGAGUCUUCGGUUGUUGGUGGACCGGUAGUGUACCCCAGGGUGAAUCGACUGGCGACGAUAAUGAGGAAGAGGACAGCCAAUGGGUGAUCGACUCCACGGAAUUUCUGCAUAAUGACGACCUUCGAGAAAUUUGAAGUGUGUACCUGGGCACAGCUAGAAAGCUUUUUUGAGGUGUCUAAUUCAAUUACACGGAUCAAGAAUAUGAAUUGGCUUACAAGAAUCGGGUAACGCGUAAA